CUUCGGUUUAGAUCGUUCUGCUCCCCCCGGAAAACUGUCCACCGCAUCCCUGCCCCCAUUGCAUCAUACCCGCCGCCGCCAGCCGUGGGUCUAUCUUCAGAUCUUUUUCGGCCUCACGUUUCCAUCGAUCUUCUAUUUCUUCCAUACACUAUUCUCAAUCAAAUCAAUCCAUCCGAAUUUCUUCCUAUACAAAGAUUCCAUCCAGUGCGACCGCCAGAUACCCCUCGCCUGCACUCGAUCUCAUCGCCGCCCGCAUCCGCGCCAUAGCGCCGCCAUCAUGGCCCUGCCAUUCACAGGGAACAUCUCAGCCCAACAGCUCGCCGACCUCCUACCCAGCGGAAUCGCCAUCAUCAACUCGCGCGACGAAGCCAUCUUCGUGAACCGGCGCUUCGAAGAACUCGCCAUCUCGUCGGCCCCGACGACAUUCGACCGCUGGAGCCCUUCCAUCCACGAAGACGACUACUCGCGCGUCGCCCGAGGCUACGCCGACGCCUUACGCUCGCAAUGCUCUCUGCGCGAAGAAUACCGCAUCCGCAACCACCGCUGCAUGUGGCGAUCGGUGGUGCUGACGCCCCUGGCGCGCUCCGAGCUGCACCACUUCAACCUAACCCCCGACCGCGACGGCCGCGGCGGCUUCAUCUGCACGAUGGCGGACAUCACGCAGGAGAAGACCGCGGAGCUAUCGCAGCGCAAGAUCGCGCAGGAGGCGCACGAGCGCAAGGAGCAGCAGGAGCGCUUCAUCGACAUGAUCAGCCACGAGGUGCGCAACCCGCUGUCUGCCAUCCUGCACUGCACCGAGGAUAUUCUCGAGGCCAUCCACAACAGGGAUAAGCGGGACAUUGACGUGCCGGAUAUCGCGACGGCCGCGGACACGAUCUCGCUGUGUGUGGCGCACCAGAAGAAGAUCAUCGAUGACGUGUUGACGUUCUCGAAGCUCGAUGCGUCGAUGCUCUCGCUGUCGCCGAGACGGGUCAUGCCGAGACGGGAUAUCGCGACGAGCUUGACGAUGUUUCGGCCUGAGUUGAGGAAGCAUGAGAUUAAGUUUGAGUAUGUGCUGGAUCAGACGUAUGCCGAUUGUAAAGUCGACUGGGUCCUGGCGGAUAUGGACCGCAUGGCGCAGGUGUUGAUUAAUCUGCUGUCGAACGCGAUCAAGUUUACGGCGAAGUCGGGCGAUGAGAAGCUGAUCCGUGUGUCGAUGGGCGCGGCGACGGAGCGUCCGGCGUCGUAUCCGCCCGACGUGGUGUUCUUUAAAUCGGACCAGACGGCGCUGCGUAUGGACGCGACGUCGAGCCAGGAAUGGGGCUCUGGAGACACGGCGUAUAUCAUGGUGGCUGUGAAGGACAGCGGGAUUGGGAUCAGCAACGAGGCGCAGAAACGGCUGUUUGAGCGCUUCAACCAGGCGACGCCGCGCACGGAGAGCAUCUACGGAGGCUCGGGGCUGGGGUUGAACGUGUCGCGCAAACUGUGCCAUAUUCACGGCGGAGAGAUAGGCGUCAGCUCGAAGGAAGGCGAGGGCAGCACGUUCGGAUUCUUUUUCAAAGUGCGACGCACCGCGGCACCAGCGAACGACGAACCACCGCGUCAGAAAAAAGACGCCAUCCAGGAGCUAUGCAGUGAUAUCCAGAAGCUCGGCAACGAGCUGACCGGCGUGAACCGCGACACCGCGGCGCCUAGUAUCCCGGAGGCGCCGAUGAUGGCCAAGCUGACGGAAGCGACGCCGGGAGCCAGCGACGACCGGAAAGAACAUACGGCGCAGCUCUCCCGGCAGACGAAGUCCGGCGAGACGGUCGUCACACUGCCUCAGUCUGCGUCAGGGACGUCGAGUCUAUCAUCAGCAUCAGCAUCAGCAACGAAUUCCGAACCCCCCUCGUCGGCUCGCCACAUCCUCCUCGUCGAAGACAACAUCAUCAAUCGCCAGGUUCUUUCGCGCAAGCUCAAAUCCCUCGGCUUCCGCAUCUCCGAGGCCAGUAAUGGCCAGGAGGCACUGGAUUCCGUGCAGACACACUCGUUCGACUGCGUGUUAAUGGACCAGGUGAUGCCCAUCAUGGACGGGAACGAAGCGACGCGCAAGAUCCGGGACUUGGAGAAGCGCACGAAGACUCACGUCCCGGUGCUGGGAGUGACGGCUAACGUCCGCGAGGCCCAGCAAGCGGAUAUGAUGUCGGCUGGGAUGGACGAUAUCAUUCACAAGCCGUACAAAACGAAUGACCUUUCGGAGAAAAUAGACCGGAUGAUACGGAGCAGGAACGGGGAUGGGGAUGGCGAUACGAAUAGAUGAUACCAUCGGGGAUGUGUACGAUAUGAUUGAUUGGAUCUGAGCAUUGGGUCGGUAAUGAAAAUAGAGCGUUGCUUUGCUGUGAUAUGCAGUGUAUAUAUUGGGAAAAUGUACUGGAGUUAUAUCAUUGGGUUAGGGUCAAUAUACGCAUCGAUGUC